CUUACAGUUAAAUAUUACCGCGGCUGAAUUUUUUAAAUUCGGUUGUAGCCAUGGGUCCUGAGUUGCAUUGUUCCCGCUUUCAGUGCCAUCAAUUGCUCAAACGUUUGGUCCACGUUGGGAGGCGAAAGCUUGAAAAUUUUGAACGACAUAGCCCAGGCAAGUUACUUAACCGCCACUUAUUGUGUAAGGCUUUAAGUACUUGGAAAGCUAUGCCUUCCUCACAAAAUUCCCAUAACUGUUGGUCUGCCAUAGAGCCUACGUGUUCAAUCAGCUUUGAUUGGGAUGAAGAUAGUGAAUUCAUCAGCGUACGUAAUUUAACUGUGUCGAACACUAGUUAUUGCGAUCUCUUGUCAAAUACAACCGUAGACAGUGUUGAUGAGGAUGUUAUAUCUAGUGAUCAUCAUUAUGCAUCACCCAUUUUAGUUCUAGAUUCUAAUCAGUAGUUAUUCAGAGAUUGAGUUUCUUAAUGUUAUUUCACUGUUAAUCCCUUUCUUUCCUUCAACUCGACUACUCAUCAGGCGACAUUUAAAGGAAAGAAAAAAGUUCGAAAUUAAUCUUGGUACCACUGUCUUUCCACUUGGGUUUGGUGUCUCGCUCGCUCCAUGCCUCAAGAUUGAUUCCCACACUCAACUGCUUUGUAUGAAGCGACUAUUUGUACAUAAAUUUCCAAUAAUAACAUGUUGAAUUCC